AAUUGCCACCAGUUGGCAGUCCGCCUUUUGAUGAAUUUUGUUCGUGUUUUAAGUUGCAGUUCUCGGUCUUUUGCUACAACUUUCGCUAGAAUGGCGAGCGAGGUAGAUAAGGCGCAAACGGCUGCUCCAAGCGAAGACACAAUUUUUGGCAAGAUUUUACGAAAGGAGAUACCAUGCAACUUUAUCCACGAGGAUGACAAGUGCGUGGCUUUCCAUGAUGUGGCUCCCCAGGCUCCCACUCAUUUUCUUGUGAUUCCAAGAAAACCAAUUGCCCAGCUCUCCCUGGCGGAAGAUGGCGAUGGCGAACUGCUUGGUCACCUCAUGCUCGUGGGCCGCAAGGUGGCCAAAGAACUCGGCCUGGAGAAGGGCUACCGCGUGGUCAUCAACAAUGGCCAACAUGGAGCGCAGUCUGUGUACCAUUUGCACUUGCAUUUCCUCGGCGGUCGUCAAUUGCAGUGGCCCCCUGGCUAAGAACCUCUCCCCAUAGGCGAUAAAAUCUUCCAAAUAUAUAUAUAUAUAUUAUGGCAUACAUA